AGCCAGCGCCGAGCAGCCCGGCCGGAUCGCAGCGCGGGGCACAGCCCGGGGGUUUUAGUUACAGGGGGACGGGCUUGCGGGGGGUCCGGGACAAGCCAGGGGCCGGGGUUUGCUACGCGUCUUGGGGGGGAUUUAUUGUAAUCGAGUUAAUAUAAGGGGCGAUCAAGAAGUUUGAUUUCCAAGUGUGGACAGGGGGAGCCGGGGCUGCCCUCCCCCCCCGGGAGCACCCAGGCGGGCUUUUAUUCUUUUCUUGAAAACCAGAGAGGUCGGGGGGGAUUUUCUCCCCCCUCCCCAUCUUGACCUAUUUGCACCAGCGUCAUGACGGAGCUAACCGAAAAGGAGAAUGACCCCCAAAACCCAGAUGCCCAGCGGUCCCCGGGCACCAUCUCCAGCCUCCAUGAAACGAAGAUGCAGAGGCUCAAACGCUCGCUGUCCCUCAAGACCAUCCUGCGUAGCAAGAGCGUGGAGAACUUCUUCCUGCGAUCCAACAGCGAGCUCAAACUCCCCUGCGAGGUGCUUCUGAGCCCCCCGACGCCCUUGCCGCCCCCGUCCCCCCCGCCGAUGCCCACCGAGGCUGUCCUGCCCCGGGCCGAGCACUCGCCCAUCGCCUGCCACCGGGCCCUGGCGCCCCUCAAGCCCAUGAGAACACACAGCUUCCAGGAGCACGUCUUCAAGAAGCACAGCCCGUGUGAGAUGUGCCACCAGCUCAUCGUAGGCAAUUCGAAGCAAGGCCUGCGGUGUAAAACGUGCAAGGUUAGCGUGCACCUGUGGUGCUCGGAGGAGGUCUCGCACCAGCAGUGUCCCGGCAAGACGGCCACCUCCUUCCGGCGCAACUUCAGCUCCCCCCUUCUGGUGCAGGAGCCUCAGCAGAACAGCUCCAAGGAGUCACCCCCUGCAGGCCCCAGCGGGAGGGUGGAUCCCAUCUACGAGACACUGCGCUACGGCACCUCGCUGGCUCACCUGAACCGCUCCAGCUUCAGCAGCACCUCGGAGUCGCCCACCAGGAGCCUGAAUGAGAAGGACGAGGCCGGGGAGGACGCAGACGGCAGCGCGGAGGAGAGCCACAGUGACAGCGCAUUCACGGCCCCCCCCGAGGGCGAAAGUCCUGGCUCAGAGGAGAAGAGCCCUGAGCAGCAGGCUGCCGGGGGUUCCUCGCGGAAGGACGUCUCCCCCAUGUACUCCUACGUGGCUCUCUACAAGUUCCUGCCCCAGGAGCACAACGACCUGCCCUUGCAACCCGGAGACAGGAUCAUGCUGGUCGAUGACUCCAAUGAAGACUGGUGGAAGGGCAAAAUCGGCGACCGGGUGGGCUUCUUCCCGGCCAACUUCGUGCAGAGAGUGCGCCCAGGCGAGAGCGUCUGGAAGUGCUGCCGGCCCUUCUACGGCAACAAGGAGCAGGGACAGAUGAGCCUCAAGGAGAGCCAGAUCUGCGUUGGCGUGGGGAAAAGCAAGGAGAAUGAAGGCUUCCUCAAGGUGACCAGCGGCAAGAAACGAGGCCUGGUGCCCGCCGACGCCCUGACGGAGAUCUGAAGGGAGCAAUUGAGUCGUCUGACCCUCUUUCUCCCGGCAACGGGGAUGGGGCCUCUGUAGCCCGCCCCAGCCCAGCACUCACUAGCCUGCCCCUCACCGCUUCCCUGUGCUAGGAGCACAUCGGCUAAUAUAGUUUCCACACUGGACUUGGAGGGGUUUCUUCUGAGGGUGACUACUCUCUGCCAUCUCGGUGGCCAGCAGAGGGCAGAAGCAGGUGGUGGAUUAAUUCCCACUCUCCUGUCUAGGCUGAGCCUGCCUGAUCCUACCCCCUCCGGCUUUGUUUUUGUAGCAGGGGCAACGGAUUCCCCAGCAGCAUGUAUGUCAAUAGCCCCACAGAGCAGCAAGUGGCAGGAGAUUCUCCCAGCUCCCAUCUAACCCUUCGCCCCAUCCCUGUCUCUGUCUUUUCCCUGGCGGGCAGCACUCCCCGGACUGAGGAGGACGACUCCAGAUCCAGCCGGCCGGGAUGCCACAGGGAGGGGGCCUCCAUCGCUCAUAGUGCCCCCCGGCUCCCGGUAGGAGGACACUGCUGCCCACGCCAUCCCGCAUGCGUAGAACGUGUGGAAAUCCAACAGCUCCUGGCCGGCCUCGUGGCUCGGAGGGGCAUGUGGACUGUGUGUAGCGUCUGUCUGUCUGUGCGUGCCUCCGUGUGUUAGUUAAAGCAUGGGACCUCUCGGAAACCACGUGAGUUUGUCCUUUAACCACUCAGGGCCGGAAUCGUCCAUGUCAAAGCAAAGGGGCAGGCCUGCGUCUUCUGUGGGACCGAGGGGGGGGGCUUUCUCAUCACUUGGGUCUGCCUCCCUGGAGGUUUCUUCGGCACUGGUGGCUCCUCCAUGGACUCAUUUACCCGACCUCAGGAAUCUUCGGCCAGAUCCACGGGAGACUCAAAGCACGAGGGACCCAUCCCUCUCUCCAGGGCGUUCCCUGCCUAUCCAGGGUCACUGCCAGCUCCUCCUCCCUCCCCCAUGGGCUUUGCCAUCCCUUCCCCUUGGCGGGCCGUGAACACCGUCAGCCAUUUCCCUGGCCUGAGGCCAGCCCCCGUCUCUGCUCUGCACUCCCCCCUUUAGUGCAGCCCCCCACCCCCAGCUCAUCUCUGCAGCCCCUCCCCAUGGCUGUGGUUCAGGUGUGUCGACACCCCGGCCUCCCCCUCCCCCGGCUCUGUCUGGUUGUCAUUGGAGCACUGGGGGCGUUACAGAGCACGGACAUGGGGCAGAGCUUGUCUCCUGGGCGGGGUGACUCCUUCCCCAACUCAGGGCCAUUCAGUGCUAGAUUGCUGGGGAAGGGUUCCCAGGUCCUGACUCUGGGCAGAUCCCUGGGAUUCCCUCUGUCCUGGUGCCCUGCGGGGCCACCUCCUCAGCAAGGUCCCCCUGGCACCAGCCACGACCCCCUCCCUCCAAUGUGCACACACAAUCACUGCAGCCUGGUGGGGGGGAAUCUGCCCCACUCCCAGAUCAACUCACCUAAGCAAUAAUGUCCGGCGCCGGUCUGGCCCCUGCGGCGCGGCGCAGCACCUGUAUAGAGAGAAUGCAUGAGAGCUCGGCCAGUGGCCUGGCCCACCCAGUUCCACAUUAAAUGUUAC